CCGGCAGACAUUCCCGCCCAAGACUCGAUAAGGAUACCCGCCAACGGCACCCACCAGAACCCGCCUUUGACCUUGGGAUACACACCUGCAUAAGCCAGCGACUGAAAAAAAUGCGGGCGGUACACAUAGCGUAGUUUCUUCUAUUUUGGCGAAGCAGUCCUUGUUUUGUACAGAAAACCUUCAGGAUGUCAUCUCUAUACCACUUGUUUGGAAAUGUUGACGAGAAGACUGGUCGUUUGCAAGAAGAUGCCGACUUGCCGGAGGAACUUCGAGAGACUCUGGAGGAUUCCGGGGACUACCUGAGUGCUUUGUUGGGAGGCGACUUCGGGUUAGGAGGGGACAGCGAUGGGCAGGAUGGGGCACGAGCUGGCGGAGAAAUCGUGCAGCCAAACCUGGACGCGGAGGACUUUUCCGGGAUCGGCAACGAAGAUCUAGCCGAAGAUGACGUCCUCAAGGAUAUACCCUUGCCGCAGCCUGCCAUACAGAUGCCGUCUCAGCUUCCACCGACAUUGAUGACACCAAAGUCCAUAUCCUCAGAACCGCAUCUGAAUGGGGUAAACGGGCACAUGGAUCACGCCGCCGAACGACAACCCCAUGCCGACGAGAUAUACGACGAAGCCCGACUGGCGAGGCUGUUUCCGGGUUACGAUGCUUCGUUUAUGCACUUCAGCACGAUGUUUACUGCUAGCAUGGCUAGGAAACCGAAGCCUGUGAAAAAGAUGGGGCGGAUGAAACAGUCGGUUCGGAACGUGCCGUAUUUUGUAGCGCGCGAUGACCGGGAGCUGUUCGAUCAGCAGCUGCCAUCACAGCUGCCACGGGCAGAAGGAAGGGUCCGUGAGGUGGCGUUGGAAAGUUUAGAGCCGGCAUCACCAGACUCUGCAAAGGAGGAACCUGAACCUUGGCUCGAGGACUUGCAUCCUGCCCUAUAUCCUGUGCUUCUGGAGACGUGGGAGGACCGGAUAUUGUGGGAGGAUGACGAAUCAGAUCAUGUAUCUUCUGAGCGCGGUCCGCAAAAGAGCAUUGUCGAUAGAUUCGCCCUGCGAAAUUAUGACUUGGAGGAGAUGAAUUGGGAGGACGAUGUGCACUGGGACAGUCCAGAUGACACUGCCGCUUCACCCCUCGAGCCAAACCCGUCCGAAACGCCUCACACUCCGGCGGUCGCGCAAAAGCAAACAACAUCCCGAUGGCGAGAUAACCGAAGCGAUGCAUCAAAUGCCUGGAAACUAAAACGAUUCAACAUCUCGCAUGACCGGUACUACGAGAACGAAACAGCCGUUGGCGCCGAUCGCGUGCGACAAACAUACGGCCCAGCAACCCUGCAGCACGCACUGCCCGCUAUCAAACUGCACCCACAGUGGUACAAGUACAACCUAUCAAAAAAAGAGCUGCGCUCCUUCCAUCGACCAGGUCUGCGAUUCACGCAAGGCAAUACGAUUCGCUUCACACGGGUACGCCUAAAAAAGAAGAAAUCGAAGGGCAAGGACACCUCGGAUAUGAUGCGCAAUCCGAGCGAUAUCACGUUAAAAGACGCGACUGGAUACGCUUUACUAGAGUACUCGGAAGAAUACCCCCCGAUUCUGAUGAACCCCGGGAUGGCAACAUUGAUAUACAACUACUACCGGAAGUCGAGCGCCAAGGACACCACGCUCCCGCAGAUGGAGAUGGGGACGCCAUUCCUGUUGGAAGAAGUGGACGCAUCACCGUUCCUCGGCUUCGGAGACGUCGAACCGGGGGAGACCUUGCAGGCCAUCACCAAUAACAUGUUCCGCGCCCCCAUCUUCGAGCACCGAGCGAGCGACACGGACUUCCUCGUCAUCAAACAGACCUUCCACGGCGAAACAAAGUACUUCCUGCGCGAGAUCCCCAACCUCUUCACCGUCGGGCAGACCUACCCCCUCCAAGAAGUUCCGCGCCCGCAAUCGCGCAAGAUCACACAAACGAUCAAAGGCCGUUUGCAAGCGGUGACGUUCCGCAACAUGCACAAAGACCCGUUCAAACGGCUGAAAUACGACUCGAUCGUGAAGCUGUUCCCGCAUUUCACCGAGACGCAGCUGAAGCAGAGGUUGAAGGAGUUUGCGCAGUUUGCGAAGAAGGGGGAGAAUACUGGGUGGUGGAAGUUGAAGCAGGGGGUCAGGUUGCCGAAUGAGGAGGAGAUUAGGCGGUUGGUUACGCCGGAGAUGAUCUGUUUACAGGAAAGCAUGCAGACCGGCCAGCAGCGUUUGACAGACAUCGGAUACUCUGACAUCGCCGCCAUGGACGAUGAGAACGACGAAGACGAAGCCACGGGCGACAUCGAGGUGCAGCUCGCGCCAUGGACGACGACCAAGAAUUUCGUCUCGGCUAGCCAGAACAAAAGCAUGAUCAAGCUCUAUGGCCCCGGCGACCCGUCCGGCCGCGGGGAAGCCUUCAGUUUCAUCCGCGCGUCCAUGAAGGAGCCGUUCCUGCGUUUUGGGGAGAGUGCGGAAGACCGCGCGGAACGGGAGAGUCUCAAACCCAAAGGAUCGCAUCGGUUCUCGUUUGCGGAACAGCAGCAGGUGUAUCGCGAGGAGAUCAAACGCAUUUGGGCGGCCCAGCUUGCGUCGUUACGCGCUACGGACCCGCCUGUUGAUGAAGGCGAGGAGACACAGUUUGACAUCGAGGCGCUGAGUUCGCGACAACAGCAGAUGGAGAUGGCCGAGGAGGAUGAGCGAAGGCGGCAGUACAGUGGCGGGUACAGCGAUCAACGUCUCACGGACCCAGGUGCAGCAGGGCAGACCCGUCCCCCCGCCACGGCCUCCGAAGGCAACCACCUCGAUUCGGACUCGGACAUCUUCUCCGACGACGACAACCACCGCGCCCCUUCAACCACCCGCGACCGCGAACAAGACGACGCAACCUCCAUCGCCGAAAGCGGCACCAGUUACGGCCAACAAGGCCGCAGCAAACGGCUCACCAUCCGGCGGAUCUACCGCAACCCGACCACCGGCGAAGAGGAGGAGAAAUCGGAGGUCAUCACAGAUAUGAAAAUCAUCAACGCGUACCUACGCCAGCGCGCGAUUAUUGAGAGCCAGGAGGCGGCCGAGAAGCAGCGCGGGGAGGACAACCCUGAGACGGAGCGACGGCGGAAACGGAAGAAUGUGCAGGAUCAUGUGAUGCAGAUGAAGGAGGGGAAGAGGAGGCGGGCGUAUAGGGAGGCGCAUGAGGAGGAGCCGGCGCAUGAGCCGUUGGUGUUGAGGAUCCGGAAUCCGUCUCUCGCAAACGCCCAAGCCGGCCACCUCUGGCCCCCCGACCACUCCGACACCAACCCCACCCACCGCAAACGCGGCUCCGUCCACUACGCCCACCCAUCCGUCGUCGAAGACUACCUCCUUCCCCACCACCCGAAAUCUUACGGCGGCCGCCGCCGCGCCAACUCCGAAGUCGAGCUCUCAUCCACCCUCGAGCGCAUCAUCACCGACCUCGUGGCCAACCCGGACGCGUAUGAAUUCUGUAGACCGGUUUCGGCGGUGCAUGUGCCGGAUUACUAUGUGAUUGUGAGGAAGCCGAAGACUUUGGAGCAGAUUCGGGAUGAUGUGAAAAACUACCUCUACAAAACCCCCUCGGAAUUCAUGCGCGACCUGCACCUCGUCGCCAACAACUGCCGCCUGUACAACGGAGCCCACCACCCGCUCACGCUGAUCGCCGAUUCCCUCGUCGCGCGCGCCAAUACGCUGUUGCUCAAUGCGCCGGGGAGUGGGUGGACGGGGGUCAUGGAUCCGCAGGAUGAGGAGGACUCGAGGGCGGCGUUGCCGCCGGGGGUCAGUGGGAGAGGGGCUGGGGCGGGAGUGGAUGGGGGAGCGGUGAAGAUGGAGGAAGGGGUGGUGAAGAGGGAGGAGGAGGGUGGGGAGGGUGGAGUGUAA